UAAGUCCACAGGGAGCCACUGGAGAGGAGCUAAAGAGCCACAGGUUGCUUACCCCUGCUUUAGGGCAUUUGAAGUUGUCUGUGUGAUAUAAACUUCCGGUUUCUGUCUCUGGGCACUAGUCGUUGGAGAAACAUAUUGCCUUUAAACUCUUCAGCAAACUUUUCAACAUGAAAUGAUGAAAUAUUAACCACACUGGCUGUGGUGCGCAGUGGUCUGUGUGUGUCCAACAGUGCGUUGACCUUUGUCUUGUCUGAAGGUCAGUAAACAGAGAGUCCCCAUGCACAGCACAGGAACAUGGACAUCGCCACAGUAAAUGCUCUUCCUUACGAGGAGUUUGUGAAUAUUUUGGGCAACGUGGUGGAGAAAUGUCCUAUUAUAACAGCUGCCGUGUGGUCGAGGCGACCCUUUGUGAGCUUGACUGCUUUGGAGGCUGAAAUCUGCCAAUUCAUCGAUGCUCUCCCAGAGUCAGGUAAAGAGGGGAUUCUCAGGUGCCACCCGGACCUGGCAGGCAGAGACCUGCAGACCGGAACACUGACCCGGGAGUCCCAGGAGGAGCAGUCUGGAGCCGGGAUGGACCUGCUGGACUCCUCUGAAGCAGCUCGCAUGGCUCGGCUCAACGAGGACUACAAGGAGCGCUUCGGCUUUCCGUUCGUCAUCUGCGCGCGGAUGAACGACAAGGCCAACAUCUUACUGCAGCUCUCCGAGCGCUGCAGGAACGAGCGCCAGGUGGAGAGGGCGCGCGGCAUCCAGGAGGUGAAGAAGAUAUGUCACCUGCGUCUUCAAGGUCUCGUGCUCCCUGAUGCUCCGAACAAGUUAUGAACCAAAAUUACUGGAGUUUAAAUAUUGGAUUUCUUCUCCUGCAUGUGCCAGUUUAAAGGUCCCAUAUUAUGCUCAUUUUCAGGUACAUAUUUGUAUUUUGUGUUUCUUCUAGAACAUGUUUACAUGCUGUAAUAUUAAAAAAAAAACUUUAUUUUCCUCA